AUGUCAGCAGUAGUUACUGUUCGUCAAACAACAACAACAACUACUACUACAACUACAACAAUGAAUACAAAUAAUAAUAACAAUAACAAUAACAAUAAUGAUAAUAAUAAUUCUCAAACACCUGUACGUUCAUUUGGAAUAACCCAGCCAAUAUCAACAAAAUAUCCUGAUCCACAAGAUUAUAUGACUACACAAAGUUUAGAAGAUACAUUACGUUCCUAUGAUUAUUUUGAAUCAAGUGACGAAUUAUCACAUCGUGUACAAGUUAUGGCGAAAUUAAAUGUACUUGUACGAGAAUGGAUACGUAAUGUUUCAUUAGCAAAAAAUAUACCAGCUGAAAGUGCUGAUAGUGUUGGUGGUCGUGUACAUACGUUUGGAUCAUAUCGACUUGGUGUUCAUUCAAAAGGUGGAGAUAUUGAUACUCUACUUAUUGCUCCACGACAUAUUGAUCGUACAGAUUUUUUCUCAUCAUUUGUUGAAUUUCUUCGUCGACAACCUGAAGUUCGUGAUUUACGUGCCAUUGAAGAAGCAUUUGUACCUGUUAUUAAAUUAACAUUUGAUGGUAUUGAACUAGACAUGUUAUUUUCACGUUUGGCAUUAGCAGCAAUUCCAGAUAAUUUAGAUUUAAAAGAUGAUAAGAUCUUACAUAAUUUAGAUCAUCGUUGUGCACGUAGUUUAAAUGGUUGUCGUGUUACAGAUGAAAUUCUUGAUUUAGUACCUGAUCGUGAAACAUUUAAAUCAACAUUACGUGCAAUUAAAUUAUGGGCAAAGAAAAAUGGUCUGUAUAGUAAUGCAUUAGGAUUUUUUGGUGGUGUUACAUGGGCUAUGCUUGUUGCACGUAUAUGUCAAUUAUAUCCUAAUGCUGCCGCAUCAAUCUUAGUACAUAAAUUUUUUCUUGUUUAUUCACAUUGGGAAUGGCCAACGCCUGUUUUACUUAAACCAGUUAAUGAUUGUCAAUAUGGUUUUCCUGUUUGGGAUCCAAUGACAAAUGCAUCCGAUCGUUAUCAUUUAAUGCCAAUUAUAACACCGGCUUAUCCACAACAAAAUUCAACACAUAAUGUUACACAAUCAACACAAAAAAUAAUUGUACAAGAAAUAAAACGUGGUUUAGAAAUUGUUAAUGAUGUUAUGACAUCAAAAACGGAAUGGAAACAUUUAUUUAUUGGUACACCAUUUUUUCAACGUUAUAAACAUUAUAUUAUUCUAUUAUUAUCUGCACCUGAUCAAAAUCAAUUUCUUGAAUGGAGUGGUUUAGUUGAAGCGAAAAUUCGUAUAUUAAUUGGAAAUCUUGAAAGAAAUUCUUAUAUUGAUAUAGCACAUGUUAGUUCGGAUAAAUAUACACCGGAUGAAAGUGUUUUUGAUCAACAACAAACAAGUAAAACAUCAACAGAUAAUGAUAGUGCAAAUCGAAUCAAUGGACACAAUAGUCCAGACACAUCAUCUACAAAUCCAACACAACAAUCAUCAUCUCCCUCCAGUACUCCACCUACAUUUAGUGGUAUGUGGGUUGUUGGUCUUCAAUUUAAAAAUGUCAAUAAAGUUCAACUUGAUCUAACGGAAGAAAUUCGUGUUUUUUUAAGUGUUGUCUACAGAUCUUCUGCUAACAGUAAUAUGAAUCGUGAAAAUCUCAAUCUUGAUGCUCGUUAUAUUCGUCGUCGUGAUUUACAUACUGUUUUACCAAGACAUGUAUCAAACACAACUAACAGUCCUCGAUUAUCAAAAACAAUAUCGAUGGAAGAAAAAAUUGAUACAACAAAUUUAAACACACAAAUCAAACGACCAAAAUUGAAUUCAACAUCAUCAGAUUCAGGUAUUGUUGCUGAUUCAGAUGCUGAAACUAAAAUAAAACGACAAAAAAUUGAAGAAACUAAUGAACCAUCUCCAAAGACAUCCGAAUCAAAUCUUGAUUCAGUUUAA